AAAUGGGUCAAUUGACCUUGGAACUAUUGAUUUAUAUUUUGGGGUUUUAUAGAGCUUAAUUGCAGUAUAAUAAUGGGCUUGAAUCACAGUAAUAACUACACAUACAAGUGCCCAAAAAAGUAAAAGUUUUAUUGGGCUUGAGUUUGUUAACCAUAAUUGGUCGGGCCCAAUUUGUUUGUUUGACACUUCAAAGUAGAUAUCAUAUGCCUCUCGCUCUUCACUGCGCUAAACUCAUUCUUGUUGUUUUAAGAAAGUCCUUAGAUUUGUGAAAUACCAAUGUUCUUGACGAGGGUGUUUGGGAGGGCCCUCUUUGGCGCUGCAGCCAAAUCCGAGGCCUCGGUUGCUGCAGCUGCCGCUUAUUCUACGGGUGCACGCAACCCGCUUGAGGAAUUCUUUGAGGUCGAUAUAAAACCAGAUGAUGAAAGCCCUCCUGUCUAUGGUCGGAGUUGGAAGGCUUCCGAACUGCGUCUCAAGUCUUGGGAUGACCUUAAUAAGCUCUGGUAUGUUCUUUUGAAAGAAAAGAACAUGUUGAUGACUCAGCGACAGAUGCUGAAUACUCAGAACUUGAGAUUUCCUAGUCCCGAGCGUAUUUCAAAGGUACGCAAGUCAAUGUGCCGAAUCAAGCAUGUCCUAACUGAGAGAGCCAUUGAAGAGCCGGACCCGAGGAGGUCUGCUGAGAUGAAGAGAAUGAUCAAUUCCUUAUAACUUCCAGCUAUGUGUUCGGUGUUUUAGUCUGAAUUCGAGCUUACAUCCUCGACUAUUUCAUAGAACCUUUGUCUAAGUGCAAGUAAGUGGUCUGUCUACAUUAUGGAUUAUUUUGCUGUGACAUAUCGCUUAUAUUUUCGUCCUUGGAUGCGUUUAUAAAUGGAGAAAUUAAGCCUUUUUGAUUGAAA